CGGGCGAUUUCCCGGGCCCGCCCCCUUCGGGUCCCGAAAGCUAAAGCGUGGCAGGGGCCGGGCCGGGGAAGCGGAGGAGGCGGGUCUCCAUAGAAACCUCCACCUGUUUCCGGCCAGGCUGUGAGAGAUUAGGGGCUGUUGCCGGGGCCAAUCUCAGCCAGUUCGCCUUUUCCCGGCGGCCCCUGCGGGAGCGGUGGGUGUUGUACACAAUCAUCAUGGCGGCGGCCGGAGCCCCGGAUGGCAUGGAGGAGCCUGGCAUGGACACGGAGGCAGAGACCGUGGCGACCGAGGCGCCCGCGCGCCCCCUCAACUGCGUGGAGGCCGAAGCCGCGGCGGGGGCGGCGGCCGAGGACUCCUGCGCUGCGCGAGGCAGCCUGCAGCCGGCCCCGGCCCAGCCCCCUGGGGACCCCGCGGCCCAGGCCUCGGUCAGCAACGGCGAGGACGCGGGCGGCGGCGCAGGCAGGGAGCUGGUGGACCUGAAGAUCAUCUGGAACAAGACUAAGCACGACGUGAAGUUCCCCCUGGACAGCACAGGCUCCGAGCUAAAACAGAAGAUUCACUCGAUUACAGGUCUCCCGCCUGCCAUGCAGAAAGUCAUGUAUAAAGGCCUUGUCCCCGAGGAUAAGACGUUGAGAGAAAUAAAAGUGACCAGCGGGGCCAAGAUCAUGGUGGUUGGCUCCACGAUAAAUGACGUUUUAGCAGUAAACACGCCCAAAGAUGCGGCCCAGCAGGACGCCAAGGCCGAAGAGAACAAGAAGGAGCCUCUCUGCAGGCAGAAACAACACAGGAAAGUAUUGGAUAAAGGAAAACCCGAAGAUGUGAUGCCGUCUGUUAAGGGUGCCCAGGAGCGCCUGCCAACGGUACCCUUAUCCGGCAUGUACAAUAAGUCUGGAGGAAAAGUGAGACUCACCUUUAAGCUAGAACAAGACCAGCUGUGGAUCGGCACUAAAGAGCGGACGGAGAAAUUGCCCAUGGGCUCCAUUAAAAAUGUGGUCAGCGAACCUAUCGAAGGACACGAAGACUACCACAUGAUGGCGUUUCAGUUGGGCCCCACGGAAGCCUCUUACUACUGGGUGUACUGGGUUCCGACUCAAUAUGUGGAUGCAAUCAAAGACACUGUGCUGGGGAAGUGGCAGUAUUUUUGAAAGCACUUUCACCUCUGGCCCAGGAGACUGACCCAAAGUGAAGGACAUUGCUGGGAGAGGCCCGCAGCAUCCCUGGAUUUCGGAGUUCUGGAACUUUGUUAAAAAAAAAAAUCUAAAUCCAAUCUAAGGCGAUGUGGUGACUGAAGCCAGAGGUGAUGUACUUUCACCAUUAGCUUAAUUUUAACUUAAAUCACCAGUUCCCUUUCCUGCAGUCAGCUUCAUACCAUUUUUAAAGUCAAUAUGGUGGAAAUCAAUAAAUCUGAAUUCCGACUAUGUUGUGUGGAAUACUCUUAAGUGUGUUUGAGAGUAGAUCUACCAAUUUUGUUUAGAAAGGAUUGAUCAAAAGCUUUCUGAUUUCUUUUUUUUUUUUUUUUUUUUCCUCCUUUUAAGUGAUUUCACCUGAAAUAGUUUCAUAACUCUUUGGUUGCAAACAUUCGGACUGCGUUGUGAUGAGUUGGGGGUGGGUUUUUUUUUUUUCGUAUAAAAUUGUAUGCAAAAUGUGGGGGUUAGUAAGCCAUAUUUCUCUGUCCAUUGAUUCAGAAUGAAUUCUUUCCCUUUUUCUUUUCUCACUUCCUAGAUUGGAGUUUUUGUUUUAAGAACCCAAAGAUGUCAGUUCCUCCUUUUGUACCUCAUCACCGCUUCCUUUCCUGGCCUCCCUCCCGCCACGCUGCUGCUCGUGAACGCGCGGUGGGGGAGGAAGAGCUGUGGGUCUGGUCAGGGCGCUCCCGCUGGCUUGGUGUUUGCUGAGCCAAGGAGUGUCCCGCGGUGACUCCUGUCUACACGGCCCGAUCUCUGGGGAGUCCCACUGCUGCUGUGACAUUGUCUGCAGCCCUCACUGAUUCGGCUUUGAGGCCCAGCCUGGCACAGGUGCUUCUUGGAAACCACGUCUCCCAGGCCAACAGAGGAGCCAGGUGGAAGCCAAUGAUACAGCCAUAUAGCCACAGAUCCUUCUUUCUUCAGAAUUUUCAAGAAAAAUUCUUAAGCAGUCCAAUGAUUAUUUCAGUUACACUUCUCCAUUUGCUCCUUCUGCUCAUGCAUUGUGUUCAAGUGUCCUUCAUCCCAGGUUCAGAGAUGCUGCCUUUCUCAAAAAGACAUCUGACCUAGUGGGUUGGCCGAUGUAUUUAAACAUCAGAAAUGGGAUAAAUGGCUGUCGUGAUUAGCUCUCCCUCUUCUGGUUUUAGCCCUUACGUCCUUUGUACACGUGAACUUCCGUUGACUCUGACAUGAGGGCGGGGCUCUUGGUGGCUGGUACCGUGUGCUGUUCGCUGUUGCUCGCUGCUGUCUUCGCCGUUCUCCUCUCCCUGGUCGCAGGCUCUCCUCGUAAGGUUUGGCGAGAGAUGUUCCAAACUUCACAUUUUGGAUUCUAGGCUGUUACCCCUCAUUCUGUGAAAUGUAUUAGCAUGUGUUCGCCUGAGAUGACUAUUCCUUGUGAGCCAGUCUAUGGUGAUACUCUCUGCCCUUCCCUUCCAAGCUGUAGUUCAGGAAUCCAGCCCAUCCAGACAGACUCUUGCUUCUCAUGGUGUAGCCACUGCCAAGUUACGCAUCUAGGCAGGAAAACCUACUCUUGUUUUUCUGGGGGACAUACUGUGUGUAUGUGAAGCAUAGCAUCCGAGAAACUGCCUGUUGUUCAUCCCUUGAAAAAGGAGCAGUAACUGUAGCUUCUCUGUCCUUGUCGGCCCACAGUUUUCUGGAGAAAAGAGUGCUUCUCUGCUACUUGUCCAAGCCUCCCUCUGCAGUUGACAGGCCUAUAGAGGAAACGGUCACGUAGCAAGCAGAGCAUCAUCUCGGUUUGAGUACUGCCCUUUCUGUUGGCCAGCGUCCCUGUCCCAGAGACUUGUCCUGACAGUGCCCCCGUCCGCUCUUGUUCUCUUGCAGCAGGUCUCCGUCCCCAGGCGGCCGUGCCGGGCUGCCCUCCUCGCUUGCCCUGUCGGUGCGGCUGCCCGUGCCACCUGCCACCCUCCCUCCCAGCAAGACUGUGUGCCCUAUUGUUUUGCUCCCUGAGGGCCAGACUGCUUCUCACUCAGGCUGGUGUCAUUCCCAGAUAGGACCAAAGCCUGUGUGAGCCUUUUUCUUUUAAGUAAAAUGGUGCUUUUUUUCCUUACUUCAAGAUACUAUAUAUAAAUAAUGUAAAUGACAUCUUUUCGUACAGACCCUGUGUGAGUAUUGCUUUUCAGAGCUCACCACAUCUGCUGGAACAAUCUUGAGCUCUGGCUCCUGACUCUGCACAGACACCUUGCUAGAGGCCCUCGGAGAGCAGAGUGGGCAGCACCAGCAGCCACUGGGAGAAGGGUUUGGUUUAGAUCCAUGUCGUGGUCACAGCAGUAUUCGCUAUUUUGUCACUCGGCCCUGUGAGUGGUCUCUUGGUAAUUUUCUUACUGUCCAGGAUGACUAACGAAAUGAAAUCUGUGUUAGCAAAUUGAAAUACUCUUUCCUCUUUGGUAGCAUCACAGUGUUCAUUUUUCCUCAGGAUUAUUAUUUCUGUGCAGACCCCUCGCCGUCGGGGGUACAGGUUCUUUCCCUGGGGCAUGACCUUCCUCAGUGGCCGAGGGGGCGCAGGUGGACAGGGGAGGAGCUGCUUCCAAGAGAAGGGCUCUGCUGUGCGGGGGUCUGCCAUACCCUCCAGGCCGGGCGCCUCUCUGAGCCUUCUGCAGGGCUGCUUUCUCUCCUGGAGUUUGUGCAGGUGGCCCUCCUGCAGGGCCUGGCUCGCAGACAUCAUGCCUUUCUCUCCCUCCCUGAGCUGACUGGGCGGAGUGGUGACCAGGUGACCCCUGCUGCGGCCUGGCCCCCGGCAGCUGUGUUUCAGUCAUCUGCUCAGAGAACUUGGAAAGACAGAGACUUCCUUGAACUCUUUGCUAUUAAGUAUUUUCCUUUUGACGACGGGUCUUUCGCAAGUAGCAUUAGCUCUUUUUAAAUGGAGGUGAACUGAGCUAAGGAUGCACUUUGCUCCAAUGUUGUGGACACAGUGGGCCUGGCGAGGCCUCCUUAGGCUCCUUCGAUGCCGCUUUGUUAACGAGGGCCAGAGACUCGCUUUGCCACGUCUCUGAAGGUUGCCGUGUUCCAGCUGGCAGGGGCUUGCUUUCCUCUUACUCUCACUCUAACCAUGUGCCUGGAGGAGCUGUCCUGGGCUGUUGCACUUGGCCCACCCUCUCUUCACCGGGUCAGGGAAGGGAAAGGGACAGACCCGGUGUGCCAAGGGCUGUGCGGGGGCAGCUUGCUUUCCACCCCAUCCUCUGAGGACGCUUCUUCCCCUUGCUCCUUGCCUCUGCUCAUGCCUAUCAUCUUGAAAAAGGAUGGUCUUAAGGCUUUGUGUUAAAGUCAUCUUCAGUUAGGACUGGUACCUGUUUCCUUACUGGGGCCUGGUGGCCGUUCUGAAGUUACAGGUGGUCAGGAGCCCUCCAAUGUACACAACAUCUGGUAAAUGUACCUGCCAGACUGGGUGGUUCUACUGCUUUCUAAAUUUCUAAGAACCUCUUUCCUUUUCUUUCUCAAAGAGCUCUGCAGAAUUAUUUGACAAUAUGCGUAAGUACCAUGUUUCCUUGUGGUGUAUGCUCUGUCCUGGUUUUUGUUUUUAAAUCAAAUGCCUGUUUGGGAGGAGAUGAACGUAUUUAGUCUAUUAGAUUUGCGCUGCUGGAUUUUUUUAAAAGUGUAACCUUGAUUAGCUGUCUUCUUGUUUACCCUGUAAGAUUAGUCUAUCAAUUAAAGUUUGAUAAUUAA